UAGUACUAGUAAAGCUUCUUGUAAGUUGUAUUAUAUUUUUGACUGAUACAUAUAAUUUGGUAAAGUACUCUUAGUUUUACCAAGGUGUACAGGUUGUGAAAGAUAAGGGAAAUCAAGAUAACCUCGCAACGUAUUUCGAAAACAAACUACGUGUUUAAUUAUAUAUAUAUAUAUAAUAUAUAUAUAUAUACACACUCCGGUUGUACUUGUAAGACUAAGGAAACGGCAUUGGAUUAGAAUGCUUCAGAAGGUUCAUGAUGCGGUAGGACUAAAAGUGGAUGGGAUGAAACGUUAAAUAGCGAGGCUUUACCAUUAAAGCUUCUAAAAUGAGCUGGUUCAAAAGAGACAGCCCACUGAGGUCUAGUUUUCGCAGGAGGUCGUCUCAGAUUCCUCCUCUACAGGAAUUGGAUACUAAUGCUUGCUUUGAAACAUUUAAAAUACACUGGAAACAGGCAUGGCAAAUCAUGAACAUAGAAAGUGAACCAAGGAAAGCUGAUGAUGUUACGUGUGUUGUGAACCUCUUAGACCAGAUGAUUGCAUUGUUAAUUCAAGAAAUGAGUAGUCAAAAGAAGACAGAGAUCAAUACCAUUGGUCAUACAGAUGAAGCUACAUUUGUGGGUCCCAUACUGGAUUAUCUGUUCUUAGAGAAGAUACUGGAUAAGAUAUUUGUGUGGUCCAUAAAGAGUGGAGAAUUUGUUAAUGUGAUGAAACUAGAACAGCUCAAGAUGUAUGAGACUCUUAUCAGCCACUGCCAAGAAUAUAUCUUGUUUCACAAACCAUUUGUCCGUCCAUUGCUUCAGCUUUUAGCUGUUUGUGGAGAGUGUUCACCUGUUGAGGUUGAAAAGCGAUUUGUGGUACUUCUAAAUACAAUAUGUGUUUGUAUAACACAGAAUCAAAACCUUCUGGGAAUGUUCUUCAAUGUAAAUUCUGAACCAGCAAGGUUCCUCAUAUUUUCUCUUCUGAUACCUUUUGUUCACCGAGAAGGAGCUAUUGGUCAACAAGCAAGAGAUGCCUUGUUGCUCUGCAUGGCUUUAUCAGGAGAGAAUGAAAGUGUUGGAUUAUAUAUUGCAGAGCACUCCAAUUUUUGUCCUGUGCUAGCGACGGGGUUGAGUGGACUGUAUUCAGUUUUACCUAGGAAACUUCCAGUCAUGAAAGGUGAUUGGUUCCACCUUACUAACGAAGAUGUUCAAGAAAUUCCUGAAGUUUUUAUCUUCAUGAAUUCUUUAGAAUUUUGUAACGCAGUUGUACAGGUAGCUCACCAUGUGGUAAAAGCCCAAGUGGUAGAUUACCUCUAUCAAGGAUUUCUGGAGCCUGUGAUUGGACCAGCUCUCCAUCAGACAUCCACAGAAGAAGUCAUAGCAGCCACAGCUUAUUUGCAGUUGUUUCUUCGCUCCAUCACAGAACCAACCAUAAUCAAAGUCUUCCUCAAGUUUAUAGUAAUGUCAAAUUUUGAAGGUCAUCAAAUCUUGGAUACCUUAGUGAAAAGAAUAGAAUCCCAGUCUACUCUGUGUACCAUCACACUGGCCCUUUUCAAGACACUCCUAGAUUUUAAUUGUGAAGAUUUUAUGUUGGAGUUAGUACUCAAGUACUUGAUUCCUUGUACCCAUGUCAUGGUUAGCCAGCGAAUUCGGUUGCGUGAUGUGGAUGUAUACAGUCAGACAGCAGAAAAGCUACUGUCACUAGUACCUACUUGUUUCUUAACCUUGCCAACAUCCUCUCUCCCUUCAAACAUGAAGCACUCGGAGAGACUGUCACUCGGGGGUAGUUUAAGAGUUAAAAGACAUCGUCGUACAACUUCAACAUCAAGCCUUGCCUCUGGUGACUUUCAUGUGAAUCAAAGAUCAUGUAGUGGUAAUAACGGUAUUAACCCAAUGCAGUUGUACUAUGAAGAGAGGGAGCACCAUGAAACUAGUUACUUAGAUUAUCUCAAGGAAGCUAGAGAAUGUGUGUUAGCCUGCACUAAAGCUUCUCUAAAGUGGACUGCUCCUUAUAAUGGGUUGAUACCACCCCCAGAUGCAUCUUUAAUGAAUCCAGCUAAGAAACAUCAGUCAUGCACUGAGGUUUCUAGAGAUUCCUCUGUUCCAAGUGGACAGUGUGAUGAAAAAUUGAUAAUAAUUGACAAUUACUACACUGAUUUAAAUCAAACUGAAUCUAGCCACCAAAAUGGAGAAAGUUCAACACUGAGUCACUGUUUGAACACUGAAAAUAUCAUGUGCAAUCUAUCCUCAAAGUCUACAGUAAAUGGUUCAUCUAGAAAUGAGAAUGAAAUGAAUAUGGAAAAUAGUAUCAUUGAGUUAAAUGUAGAAAGAUCAGGAGACCAUAUGGAUAAUUCAGCAUUGUUUAAAGAAAGGCAUGAAAAUAAGGGUCAACUGUCAAAGUAUGAAUUGAUUAAAAUAAAAAAAAAUCAACACUUAAGUAAUUUGUGCACAUUCUCAGAUUUUCAGGAUAACGGAACUAAGUCCUUGCUAUUAGGUAACAGAACUAAAGAUUCUUGCAAGUCUAGUACAUCAUCUCCAUCAAGUUUGGAGUCUUUUGAAAGUCCUGAUAUUGGACCUUUUCUCAAUGUUCUGUUAACUAAACUAGAGAUGAUGCUUCAGAAUGAUGUGUACACAAAUCUCCGGUUAACAGAGGUACUAGCUCGUCUAGCCCUCUAUCCACAGCCUUUGCUUCGAUCUUUCUUGCUCAACCAUUCUUUGGUCUUCCAGCCAACAGUGAGAUCAUUACUUCAGGUAUUGGGUUCUUUAAAACCAAAAGUGGAAGCCUGUUGUACAUCCAUCAGCAAUUUUGAAGAGUUGUUGCUGAAAUGUAGUAAAUUUUUCUUUGCUCGAGAAGAACGGUUAUUGAACGAUUUGGUUGUAAGGGAAUAUAGAAAAGAAACUUUUAACCAGCAGAAAGAUAUUCAGAGAGGAGAACGACGCAGAAGUUUUACAAAUUUUAUUUUCAGAAGAGGUAGUUUACGAGGAGAGAAAGAAAGAAAUGUAGCUAUUAGACCAAUUUUUGAGUCCUUACCAGCCACUCAAGGACACAGACAAGCACCUGAAAAACCUGAAGGCAAACUGGAAUGCCUGAAAAUGAAAAAUGCUGUACUGUGUACAGUUCUUUUCUCAGAAUUCCUUAAAGAACUCGCUGCCAUUAGCCAGGAGCACUCUGUUAUUCAAGCAGAUCCGGAGUUUUGGACAAUGGAUUCGAUGGCUUAUGAUAACAUUUAGCAGGCAUGCUAAACCAUCAUUAUCAUUUAAUAUACAAUUUUAAUUGUGUAUAUAUACACUGAUUCAUUCUAAAGAUAUUGUUGAAAAAUUAAAACCAAAAUAAGUUGAUAAUGGCUCUGCAUAACCCUAAAACACACAAAGAAAUGACUAAAUUACUUAUUGGUGAUUCAAAAUAAUGGUACCUGUAUAUAGAAAAACUUAGGUGUUGACACAAAAUAAGAGCCAAAUUUUAUAAUAAUGAAUUGAUUAGGCCUAGCCAUUGAAUGCAUGUUAAUAGGUAUCCUUCAAACUUAUUUUGUUUCCUGUUUUUAUAGAUAAAUGUGUGAUAAUUAUGAAAAGUCAUAGUUUAUUCAGGUUUUCUGAAAUCUAAUGAUUCCUAUAAAGUAGUGUGAUUCAUUUUUGAAGUAUUAAGGUUUUUAAGCAGCCUUAAAAGUUCAUAAAAUUGUUGAUCCUGUGGUUAGAUUUUUAUUAAUCAAAAGUUAGUGUUAGGAAUAUAAAUAUCGAAAAAAUUACAAGGGUAUUUUUCUAAUCUCCAUAUCAUGAUAUGUGGUUUGAUUACAUCAUAGUAGUCAAGUUCAUGUGAUUUUAUACAAGUUAUUUAUAAUUAUGUGUACAUUUUGGAAUUGUCAGCCUUGAGGUUUUGUAAAUAACUUUUGUUGUGAUUAUUGUGUUUUAAAAUAGUAAUAUUUCCUGUGCUCACAAACUGCAACUUUGAUUAUCAUAUGUUUUUUAACUAAGAUUUAUAUCCUAAAACAGAAUAUUUCAAGCAAAUAAAUACAGCAAAACAAACUACACAGUUAAUAAUCAGUUGUUUAAAUACUUUUAACAAAAUCUAACAAAUGUAUCAUAGGUUUCAAGAGUGAAUGUUCAUUUGUGCCUUACCAUAUCUUUUUAUGAAUGGUUGUCUUAGUUAUUAAAUGGGUAACUAGCAACUUAUAACAAAAUCACCACACACCGAGAAACUUGUUUUAAUAAACUCUUUAUGAAUCUGAAUUGAUCCUAUCAUUAGUAUGUGUGUUUUACAUCUUUAUCAAUCUGAAUUAAUCCUAUCAUUACAGUGUGUUGUGUUUUUACAUCUUUAUCAAUCUGAAAUAAUCCUAUCAUUAGUGUGUGUGUGUGUGUGUUUUACAUCUUUAUCAAUCUGAAUUAAUCCUAUCAUUACAGUGUGUGUGUUUUGCAUCUUUAUCAAUCUGAAUUGAUCCUAUCAUUAGUAUGUGUGUUUUACAUCUUUAUCAAUCUGAAUUAAUCCUAUCAUUACAGUGUGUAUGUGUGUGUGUUUUACAUCUUUAUCAAUCUGAAUUAAUCCUAUCAUUACAGUGUGUGUGUGUUUUACAUCUUUAUCAAUCUGAAUUAAUCCUAUCAUUAGUGUGUAUGUGUUUUACUAUCUUUAUCAAUCUGAAAUAAUCCUAUCAUUAGUGUGUGUGUGUGUUUUACAUCUUUAUCAAUCUGAAUUGAUCCUAUCAUUACAGUGUGUGUUUUACAUCUUUAUCAAUCUGAAUUAAUCCUAUCAUUAGUGUGUGUGUGUGUACUUGCUGAAAGUUUUCUUUGAGGGAAAAGAAAAAAUCUCUAUUGAAAAUAAUCACAAUAGUUUAAAAAAUUUAUAAGAAAUAAAUAGUAUAUUGCACUUUUUAAUGCCAGUUUACUAAAUAAAACUGAUAAAUGAAACUUAAUUAUUUAAAGCGUUUUUUCAGUAUGUGCAGUAUAUUCAGAAUUACAAGUUGAUAUUUGUAACAAUACUUAGAAUUAAAAACAAAAAUGAGAUUAAUGACAACAAAUAACUUAAUUGGCGAGGUAGUAAGUUAGCAGUAAGUUGCUAGACGUACAAAUAGAGGAUGAAGUGGAAACAGAAACAGAUGGUCUUCAAGGUAUACAAAAUGUAAUAUUUGAGGUAUGACCAAUGAAUAAAUCAACAGACCAGAGAUCAAGAAUUGAUAAUCAAUGGCAAGAAAAACAUAUGGAAUUGAUAAGUAUGCAGUCAAAAAAGUUAAUCACAAGUGAAAACAAUGUGAAAUAGAUAAGUACACAGUAAAAAGUUAAGUACUAGUGAAAACAAUGUGAAAUAGAUAAGUACACAGUAAAAAGUUAAUUACUAGCGAGAACAAUGUGAAAUAGAUAGGUACACAGUCAAAAAAAAUGUAUUAAUAGUGAAAACAAUGUUAAAUGGAUAAGUACGCAGUCAAAAAAGUUGACACUGCUGAAUCCAAAUAUUUACAUACGAUAAACUGUUGAAGAACAUCUAGCGAUAAAGGUGAAUAAUCGGGUUAUUAGAUAUCUUCACACUGAUGGAUAAAGAUGAAUAGUGUGGUUACCAAAUGUCUCUUCACACUAAUGAAUCAAGAUGAAUAGUCUGGUUACCAGAUGUCUCUUCACACUAAUGAAUCAAGAUGAAUAGUCUGGUUACCAGAUGUCUCUUCACACUAAUGAAUAAAGAUGAAUAAUCUGGUUACUACAUGUCUAUUCAAACUGAUGGGUAAAGAUGAAUAGUCUGGUUGAUAGAUGUCUCUUCACACUGAUGGGUAAGGAUGAAGAGUCUGGUUACUAGAUGUCUCUUCACACUGAUGGAUAAAUAUGAAUAGUGUAGUUACUAGGUGUCUCUUCACACUAAUGGGUAAAGAUGAAUAGUCUGGUUACUAGGUGUCUCUUCACACUAAUGGGUAAAGAUGAAUAGUCUGGUUACUAGGUGUCUCUUCACACUAAUGGGUAAAGAUGAAUAGUCUGGUUACUAGGUGUCUCUUCACACUAAUGGGUAAAGAUGAAUAGUCUGGUUACUAGGUGUCUUUUCACACUAAUGGGUAAAGAUGAAUAGUCUGGUUACUAUAUGUCUCUUCACACUGAUGGAUAAAUAUGAAUAGUCUGGUUACUAGGUGUAUUAUCACACUAAUGGAUAAAGAUGAAUAGUCUGGUUACUAGAUGUCUCUUCAAACUGAUGGGUAAGGAUGAAUAGUCUUGUAACUAGACUUUUCUUUUACUGUGUGAGAUAUUGUUUAUUGAUAAUGAUUAAAAUAUAUCAUUCAUGUAUUAAUGAAAGUGAUCACAUGUAUAGUAUACUUUUGCAUGUCAUUUAAUUCCUGGAAUACAAUGGUCUUAAUUUUAGUGAUAGAGUACAUUAUAGAAAGUUAAGUUCCUGAUGCAGGUCUAAAGGCAAAAUGUUAAGCAAAUAUAAGCUUCGUAAGAUUCUUCUGGGGUUGACACUGGUGUUUUUAUAUGAAUAAUGUUGAUUGUAUAACUGAGCUUAUUAAUAUUAGUAUUUUACAAAGUUCAUAAAACUCCAUUAGCAAAUCCGAAAAAGAUUAGUUAUCGUCUUCACAUUUUAAUUGUACUUCUUUCUCACCAGCAUGACUGUUAUAUUGAUCUAGUAAUUUAAAAUUCUGAAUGUGAUGAUACAUCUUAAAGCAUUUCUUUUAACUAAGGUUGUUUUACUAUGGUAAUGAAUUGUUGUAAAUUAUAAAAAUGUUCAUUAUUUUUUGUAAAUUGUAAUCAUAGCAGAAUUGGAAAGGUUGUGGUAUUUUGUAAAAAAAAACAUUAUUUAAUAAAUGUAUCCUGUUAGAUGUAUUUACCUCAAAAUUAAAUAUUCUUUUGUUUAAAAACUUAAACACUUCUGUUUUGUGAAGCUGAAAGAACAUCUUCAAGUUAUGUUUUUGUGUAAUACACAUCUGAUGAUUGUUUGGAGUUAAUAAAUGAUGAUGCUCUUCAAAAUUCAAUGUUUUUAACUUGUUAAAAAACUGAGAUGUUGUUUUUACCUUUCAAGGAUAAACUCUUGUUGUUAAAUAAGUUUAACAGAUCACAUCAACUUAUCAAAUGUGUGGUUUCUCUGCACUGCUUCAUUUUUUAGCAAGUUGUAUUACAUGUAAGAAAAUUCCAGAUCUAAAUUGGUAAAAUUGGUUUUACCUGCUCAAAAACAUGCUUGCUAAAAUGUACAAAAAGUAUUGUGGAAAAAAAAUAAACAGCUCUUAAGA